CAGCUUGCUGACGCGAGCGAUUUCCUUUAGAACUGCUGUUGCAAGCAGCUGGACCGUUGCUGUUCCAAGGGUGGCUACACAGCGAACUCUCGGCGAACCGUCGUUAGAGUCUGCACUUCGGAUUACCACUACAGAUGCUGUUACAGGCUACAAACGUUAGUGAUUGUUUACAGGCAAGUGUAGUAUCACUGCACAGCUUGUGUGGUCUCGAGACAAGGUUGUUACGCAGUUUCUAUAGGACCAUAUGUCUGGCACUGAUUGAUAGUUGUACAUCGGCAUGACAAGGUACGCAUGGGGCCACCUCUUUAUCGCACUGCACAUCAUGAAAAGCUUCUUGACCGAAUCUAUCGCGACCACGUGCGACCCGAGCGAGUGUCGCUCGCGCGAUAACUGCGCCUGCAUGAGCAUGAAGCCCCCGGAAAACCUGAACGCCAGCGCCAUGCCCCAGUUCGUCAUGCUCACGUUCGAUGACGCAAUCAACGAGCAGAACAUGGGCUUCUACCGCCACCUGCUGGAACCGGGGAAACGCCGGAACAGAGCCAACGGGUGCAACGUGGCCGCCACGUUCUUCGUGUCGGCAAACCACCCCGCGGGCCACACUGACUACUCCUUCGUGCACGAGUUACACAGCGUGGGCAGUGAGAUCGCUAUCCACUCCAUCACGCACCGAGACAACCUGACCUAUUGGCGAUCCUUGGACGUCGCCGGCUGGGAGGCCGAGUUUGUGGGCGCGCGUGACCUCCUGCGGGACUACGCGCUGAUUCCCUACGAGGACAUGGUAGGUGCGAGGGCGCCCUACCUGGAAUCCGGAAACGGAUCAGCUUACACAAUGAUGCGACAGAACGGAUUCGUCUACGACUCAUCCGUCUGCAUCGAGUACAUCAGCACGACGCCGGACGGGCUGCCUUUCUUUCCGUACACACUGGACUACGGCCUGGGGGUGGGCUGCGCAGUUCCGUCUUGUCUCGGUGGCACUCACCACGGCCUCUGGCUGGUUCCGCUCAACAGCUACUACAUGACGACGACCUCGGCUGGCGACGGGUCUCGGGCGAUCCUCAGCAACUGCUCCAUGCCGGACACGUGCACUCCGGUGCCCAACACGGAGGUCGAGACGCUACAUUUCCUCAGGUCCAACUUCGAGCGCUACUACCACAGCAACAGGGCUCCGUUUCCUGUUUUCAUCCACGAAACCUGGCUUCGGACUCCGGGUCGAAGGCAAGGUUACCUGUCCUUCGUCGACUGGCUACUCACGCUGGACGACGUCUUCAUUGUCACCGUGGCCGAAGUGGUGCGCUUCAUGAAAGACCCCAAGCCCAUCGGCGAGUACGUUCAGGUCGACUGCUCGAAGGCGUCGGAGUUCAAGCGCUGUCCGGAAGUCCACACGUGCUCGUUUCCGGACUCGCCCAUCAAGGAGGCCCGGCACCUCGUCGGCUGCAGACCGUGUCCUCAGAGAUACCCGUGGUUGCGGGACGUCGUGCGAGCGGUAAAGCACGACGACGUCUCGUACGAGGUAGCCGAGAAGCAGGACUUCUGCGCCGGCUGCGUUAUUCUGAUCUGCUUGGCAAUCAUCGUCUGUCUCGCUUACCUCUCUGCGAAGCCGCUGGCACGCCGUAGCAAGACGCACACUUUGUAGCGCUUUUCUUUUUUAUGAAGUCGAGAUUUUUUGGGUGGAAUCCCGCUUGGCCUGGGAAUGACAUGAACGAAGAACAACAGAGCGCUGAUCAAAGUGUCUAAAAUAUAUAUUCUUAAAUGACAUUCCGGCUUCCACACGGGAGCCUUGUUCCCAACGGGGAAUGGCAACAAGUUGUAAUCACAUGCUUGGGGCAAGACAGCAUUACCGGCGGAAGAUUACCACACCUCUUAUCUAGUGUGUGCGCAGUGGUUUGAAUGAACAAAGAUUCUAGAUGAAGGCAGUUUUUUUUUGUUCAAACUUCAUUUGCGUUUUCUUGUUCCAUGAGAUUUCUUGUUUGCGCUGAUCGAUGCCUGGAUUAUAGGUUUGCGCCCGGUUGGCCACUAUAAGGACGGCCAAGAUUCACCACAGCCAACCAACCCCUCCCUCCGGUAGUCGAGCCUGACAGAAAGCACACUUUCCCUUGGAUGAAAUAUUAUUUUUUUUUCGAAAAGAAGCGAUGACGGUCUUCUUACCGCGGCCUGCCUUUGGUCCCCGUUCCGCGGGAGUCAAAAGUGGCACGCAUGCAGUUCUGGUACCUGGGAACGCAGCGUCACAGGCACUCGGCCGCCAGUAUACUGUAUUGUUACCUCACUGUUGCAAGUAUGAAAGCGAAACUUGUGUAUGGCUGGGUGAUGAGUGCAUGCCGAAAUUCGCCCCGCCACGGUGGUCUAGUGGCUGAGGUACUCGGCUGCUGACCCGCAGGUCGCGGGAUCGAAUCCAGGC